CCCAUUUAACAACAGUUCCUAUAAUAUAAAGCAUUAAAAAUUAAUGGUAAAACAGUAUCAGCAGAUCAGCACGUGUGACAAGGUAUUCUAAAACAUAACCUAUAAAAUCGUUCAUAAUUUUGUUUUCAAUCUAUUUUUCUCUCUACUUCUAAUUGUUUUGCUUGAUCAUAAGGAUCUGGAAUGAAGUUGACAAAAGUAGCUUAAACGAUAUAUAACAAGAAUGCCAGCUCCGUGUGAGGAUAUCGUUGACGAUAUAGAGGAUUUAAUAUCGUCGCAAGACAUUACGCCUAAAGAACGAUAUAGUACAAGAAAAAAUAUUACUGUUCGUUCUAAACGUAAACAAUUGACAGAAGAACUACCACAACCUCCAAUUUUUAAUAGCAUCGUGCCAGGAACUCAAAAAAUUUAUCUAAAGACCUGGGGAUGUACGCACAACAAUUCUGAUAGUGAAUACAUGGCUGGUCAACUUGCAGCCUAUGGUUACAAGUUAACAGAAAAGAAGGACGAUGCAGAUUUGUGGGUGUUGAACUCCUGCACAGUAAAGAGUCCCGCUGAGGACCACUUUAAAAAUGAAAUUGAGGCAGGAAGGAAACAAGGGAAACAUGUUGUAGUAGCUGGAUGUGUACCACAAGGGGCUCCAAAGUCAUCUUUCCUGCAAGGAAUGAGUAUGAUCGGUGUACAGCAAAUCGACCGUGUUGUGGAAGUGGUGGAAGAAACGUUAAAGGGUAAUACGGUACGAUUUCUGCAACAAAAAAAGGAAGCUGGGAAAAAAAUUGGUGGUGCUUCUCUGAGUCUGCCCAAAGUACGGAGGAAUCCCUUAAUUGAAAUCAUAGCUAUAAACACAGGUUGCCUGAACCAAUGCACAUACUGCAAGACCAAACACGCGAGAGGCGAGCUUGGGAGCUACCUACCUGAACAGAUCAUAGAAAGAGCGACGCAAGCCUUUGAAGAAGGUGUCUGUGAAUUAUGGCUAACAUCCGAAGACACGGGUACUUAUGGCAGAGACAUUGGUACCAGCUUACCAGAACUAUUAUGGAAACUCGUCGAAGUGGUGCCUGAUGGCUGUAUGAUACGCGUAGGAAUGACCAAUCCACCCUACAUUAUGGAACACCUGGAAGAGAUGAGCAAAAUUCUGAGACAUCCAAAAGUCUAUAGUUUCCUCCACAUCCCUGUACAGUCGGGUAGCGACCAAGUGUUGGCUGAUAUGAAACGAGAGUACACAUGCGCUGAUUUUGAACAUGUUGUUAAUUUUUUGCGAGAACGUGUUCCAGGACUGACUGUAGCCACGGACAUAAUUUGCGGCUUCCCUACAGAGACAGAGAACGAUUUCGAGGAAACUAUGAAGCUCUGCGAAAAAUACAAAUUCCCGAGUUUGUUUAUCAAUCAGUUCUUUCCUAGACCUGGCACACCCGCUGCCAGAAUGCCGAAGGUACCCACGCAAGAGGUGAAGAAACGAACGAAAAGAUUAUCGGAGUUCUUUCAGUCCUAUUCGCCGUACGAUCAGAACAGAAUUGGGCUUGUCCAAGACAUACUGGUUACUGAAGUAUCUCACGACAAGAAGCACUACGUUGGGCACAAUAAAUCUUACGAGCAGGUUUUGUUGCCCUUGAAAGAUGAAUAUUUGGGGAAAAUGAUUAAGGUGGAGAUCGUAGAAACGACGAAGUACUCUAUGAAGGGCGAACCAAUAAACGAAGGUACUCCAUCGUCGUUGAAACCAUGUUUACCUAAAGGGACCGUGUCCGGAUUACCAAUGGAAAUGAAGCCAUCCAAGUAUAGGUUAGCAGCAAUUCUAGCAAUCUUUUUGGCUGUGAUUCUCAGGCUAUUAUGGAAGUUUCUAAUGGCGUAGAAAUGAACAGGGCAUUGUUGCUUACGUUGUAAAUAAAUCCAAUGCUUUUAUACUUAAA